AUGGAUCGUUGUGUUGCAAUCGCAUCGCAAGUCGCAAUCGCCGCAAUGGUCAGCUAUUUCAUCUACAGGACAUUCAAUGCUCGGAAGCAGCAACCAUCCCUCAAGGAAGCUGCCCCUUCUUCUGCAACCCCUCUCACUCUUAAGCAGAUUGAGCUCAUAAGGGCCAAUGUCCCUAUCCUACAGGAACAUGGCGCUGCUAUCACCACCACGUUCUACCGGAACAUGCUGACCGAGCAUCCGGAACUCAACAACGUGUUCAACACGGCCAACCAGGUCAACGGCUACCAAGCAUGCGUCUCUCUACAUCUAGCCGGACAAUUACAAGAUCGGUGGGAACUACCUGCUGGAAGCCAUGGAGGAGCAUACUGGGCGCUGGCGAACAUCAUGAUUGCCCGCAAAGGCACACUGUACAAGGAGAGCCAAGGCUGGACCAACUGGUGCCAGUUCCGCGUGGCCAGGAAGGUCCGCGAGUCGGAUGAGAUAACCUCGUUCUACCUCAGGCCAGUCGAUGGCAAGCCGCUACCUAGCUAUAAGCCAGGCCAGUACAUCUCCGUGCGUGUUGAUGUGCCGAGAUUGAAGUAUCCCCAGGCCCGACAGAAUUCUCUCAGUGAUGCCCCUCGCUCGGAUUACUACCGUAUCGGCGUCAAGAAGGAAUCCGGCCUUAACCCCUGGGCUCCCGGCGCCAAGAGACACCCCGGAUACGUAUCCAACGUCCUGCACGAUGUCACCAAGGCGACUACCGAAGCCGCCCAUCCUAUUGUGCUCCGAUCGGCCGGUGUCGGCGUUACUCCACUGAUAUCCAUCCUCAAUACCAUCACCAACUCCCCUUCCAACCAGCGCAGGGUCCACUUCAUCCACGGAUCCCGCAGUAGCCAGGCCCGCGCCUUCAAAUAUCACGUCCAGGCGCUGGAGGAGAAGCUUCCCACCAUGCAGGUGACGCUCUUCACCAGCACGCCGUCCGAUCAGGAUCAGCCUGGCGUCGACUACCACCGCCGGGGCCGGGUUGACCUGCAGUAA